UGUCAAUCAAAGUUUGACAGUUGCACAUGUCGCUAUACGGACCAGGAACAGCAAACAACUCGUCAUUCUAGAUUUACUAUCAAAAGAAGAAAAUGGGUGCUUUUGGUUUCAAAGUACUUUGUUUGAUGUCAACGUUUUGCUCUCUAAUCGCUUACGAUAAAGACUACGAAGCAAUCGAGACUUUUAUAUUAGGAAAAUCAUACAGUCCUUCAUUCACGUCACCAAAAGUAAUGAGGCAUUUGGCAGACAAAGUUCACACUGAAGGGUACGACCUUGAUCUCCCGUGCAAGGCGAUCGGGGCAUGGCCGAUAACUUAUAACUGGUUCAUCAAUGGGCAUAAUUUCAAAAGGCGUUUCAGAGUAAAUGUCAAAAACGAAGGGACUCUUCUACGAAUACAAAGGAUUCGCGCAAGGGAUGCUGGGGUGUAUACUUGCUUGGUCUCCAAUAAAUAUGGCAACCUCUCAUUCUCGUUUCCACUGAAAAUAAAAGAAACUCCUGGGCUUGCACCGAGAUUCUACGACAUCGACGUCAUGAAACGACAACAAUUUACCGUCAAGCACGAGGGACAGACAGUGCGAUUCCGAUGUGAGGGCAAAAGCGAUGUACCAAUGCGAUACACAUGGCUGAAGAAUGGGAAACCUUUGAAGAAGGAACGAAGGAGAAUUGAUUUCAGUAACCGUAUGCUGAGAAUCAGAAAACUGACACUCGAAGAUGCUGCCAAUUAUACGUGCGUGGUCAACAAUAGCUUUGGGUGGAUUUCAUUUAGUUUCACCUUAAACAUGCCUCGAAGCAGGGAAGGUGGCCCUCCACGAGUGACAACUUACAAGAAAGAAAACUAUAUCAAGGCUAAAGUUGGUGAAAGUGUAUCACUAGAAUGCCUCGAAUUGACUUCGGCAGUCCUCCCUUACGUGUCGUGGUAUAAGUGGUCAUAUCCGGUAGAGAAGCAAUUUGCACUGCGGACAAUUUUCCCGGACGUAAAAAACCCCAAAAAGUGGGCGAAGAUCCCGUUCAAAUAUAUCAGUCCCAAAUACUACACAACCUUCCACGUUAGCGAAUGGUUUCAUCAUAAAAACAGUCCCUUCAUUCUCGAUGAAACUAGGCCAUAUGGCUUACGACUGACGCUACCUAACGUCACACUGGCGGACGCUGGAAUGUACACAUGUGCCGCUUCGAACAAUCAAGGGAAUGACCUGGCCAAGCUGCUUCUUCGUGUCUACCUUUGAAAUGGAAUUAAAAUAAAUGAAAAUCAAGGAUCCCAUGUAGUUAAGUACUACACAGCCAGAGUGAUGCCAAAUCACGGACUACGAGUUUUAAAUUUUGCAAGGGACUCUCGUAAUGUUUAAAUGUCAGGUAAACUUCAGCUUCUUUGAAACAUAACUAAGACGUUGAUUAUGUUUUGGCAACAACUUCAAGUUAUAAUUUUAUCACUUCAGGGUUCUGAUAUUUUGAGGCAGCUCAUUUACACUUAUUACAUAUCAGAAGCCCUUAUAGAUAUUUGCGCUGAACUGGAACUAAAAAACGUUUGUUUACCGGUGCCUCCAACUAAAAAACCAGUUAAAAAUUUCUGUCAAAGUUAUAUACCGGUAACCAGUAAAGAACAGAAACUCUUGCGUGUUUUAUUUGUUUUAAUUAACAGAGACUUUUCAAUAUCCCUUUUGAAAACUUUGGCUAUUUCUCUACCUAAAAGAGUUUCCAACUCCUUACUGCUUUAACUCCUGACUGCCUUAACAAUUUGCAAACCGUGUAUGUAUGUCGCCCUCAUUUUAUUACGCUAUAUUGAUUCAAAAUGGCAGAGUUUUGAGUAAUAUCAUGGCUAUGCAAAAAUAGCUAGACCUCUUAGGACCAAGAACUAAGGAGGUCAGUGUAUUUAUCUUUAUUUGAGAAGUCAUAUUUGCCAAAAAUCAAUGGUUAUUCAUAUUGAUCAACGAUAGACAAUAUUUUUGUUCAGAAUAGGCAUGAACUGAACUGAUGGGUUAAUGGUAAAUUUAAUAGCGGUAUGUUAAUAUCAAAAAGUAAAUAUGUUUAUGUCAAAAAGUAAAAAUGUUAAUGUCAAGGCCCUUACAGAAAUCUUAUAUCAAAUAAUCAAGGAAGAGGAUGUAACAACAAAACGUAUGACGUCAAGUCAAGGUCAUAUUAUCGUUAAGAUCACGUCUGUUGUAGACCCUCGCGGAUAAUGUUUUCAUUCUUGAUAACUCUUUAGAAUGACUAGAACGAAUAGUGAACAUGAUAAUUGUAGAAGCUGUUAUUCUUUAGCAAUGGCCUAUUUCCAACCACUUCUGUUCUUGCUUUACUAUAGCGAAGUUUAUCCAAACAGAGUUUUAUUUGCAUUAAUCUAUUAUAUAUUAGAAUAACCAUAAUUUUUGUAACCAUUCAAUCUUCAUGUUAAUGUGUGAACCUAUGUAAAUAACAUUUUCUUACUUUUAUAUAUCUGUGUAUUUAAGUCUAUGUAAAGUAAAUAUUGGAUGAAGUUUUAUGAAAGUUAGAAGUUUUUUGUGUUGA